CGCACAUACCCUUUCACAAAACCACACAACAAUACCAAAGAUCUCAGAAAAUUCAGUAUCAGAUUCAAAAAUGGUGAAGCGAAGAAACCCUAGAGCGGAAGAAGAGGAGGAAGAGACAGAGAAUCAGCCUCUUAUUACAGCAAAAGUAGUCGAAUACUUGGAACCCGUAAUGUCCCGAGAUCUUCUCUGCAAAUUCCCCGACAACUCAGCUCUGGGCUUCGACUACUCUCAGAGCUCACUCUGGUCUCCCCUCUUGCCUCGGAACUACGGUCGUGAUCUCGAUCUACACUCCGAUUCGCGUCGCGAUCUCUCGCUCGAGCUCGGGGAAGAGAAGAAGACAGAGAUGAAGUUGACGAAGAACAGGUUCCUGGGUUUCGAUGUUUCUGCGAUCAAGAUGAAGAGGAAGAAGACGAGGAAAUCGAAGGUGGACUCUGGGUUCUCUGCAGAUUCCCGGAAAUUCGGCUGCUUUGUGAUUAGUACAAAGGGAUGGAAUGGAAUGCUGAAUGCAGCUUCGAGGCAUUUCAAGAAGACGACGAUGGCGAAGAAGAAGAAGAAGAGGGAAUCAAUCGGUGAUGUGAAGCUUCUGAAUUACUUCAAAUGCUGAGAAAUUAUGACGAAUUCUAUGCGAUUUCUUCUUGAUUGUUUGCUUUUUUUUUUGUCGGAUUAAAGGCAGAGUAAUUAGUUAUUAUCAAUACAUAUUUUAUGGUUCGGUUUAAUUUUUAGUUUAUGUCACCGUAUGUUUUUCCGUUGUUGAUAAAAAUGCUACUAAACGGCUAUUUGUA